GGACACCAGCUCGCCACCGCUGCUGCUGAUCAUCAGGUAGCUAUAGUGUACUGUAGAGUGUUGGCACCUAGCUGCGUCAUGUUCCUGGAGGGACACCUGGGCCCCGUGCUGGGCGCCGACUGGGCCCCCGCCGGACACCAGCUCGCCACCGCUGCUGCUGAUCAUCAGACAAAAAUCUGGGAUCUAAGACGUCGAUCAGCGCUGUAUACCAUUCCUUCACACACACAUUUAUUGAGCGAUGUUCGAUACCAGAAGAGUCACGGUCAUUUCUUACUAACUUCAUCUUAUGAUAAGACAGCUAAGAUCUGGUCCAACCCCGCCUGGCAUCCGCUUAGAACGCUCUCCGGACAUGAUAAUAAGGUGAUGAGCGCAGAUAUAUCGUAUGAUAAUAAGUACAUAGCGACGUGUUCUUACGAUAGAACGUUCAAACUUUGGGCGCCCGAUCUAGCCUAAAUUAUAAAUAAUUAUAAUUGUUGAUUUAUAUAAAAAUAAUAGUGUCAAUGGUACACCUAACUUUACUCUGUGGUGUUUUUGGUCUAUGGAUCUCUGGUUCUAGUUUUAAGUUGUCUAUGAUUUGAAAUAUAGUUCGUUCCAAGUCAAAUAAGAAAACACGCUGUUUUAUUUCGUUUUAAUAGGUUAUGGGCCCAGAAUUUAUGGCCUUUAGGGUUUUAGCUAGUUAUCGCGAGUUUAUAAGUUGUCAAGUAACUAGUUUAAUAAUAAAUCGCAGUUGGAUAAUUAGAUUAGCUAGCCUAGGCGGGUCUUCUUUUAGUUUGCAGCGAUUCUAAAGAUGGCGACAAACUAUAUCAUAAAUGUGCCGAAAUUAAGAGGACGAGAAAAUUACAGUGAAUGGGUAUUUGCAGCGGAAAACUUUUUGAUCCUAGAAGGUAUGAUGAAAUGCAUCAAACCAGGAGCAGAUGUGAAAGAGUUUGCCGAGGAUGAUGCAAAAACAAAAGCCAAGCUGAUUCUCACGAUUGACUCUUCAUUGUAUGUGCACAUUAAAAAUGUUUCUACUACCAAGGAAUUAUGGGAGAAACUAAGGGCUUUAUUUGACGAUUCCGGUUUUACAAGAAGAAUAAGCUUACUAAGAACUUUAAUUUCUAUAAGACUCGAAAAUUGUGGUUCCAUGAUUGCUUAUGUGACACAAAUUAUAGAAACAGGGCAAAAGUUGUGCAAUACAGGAUUCAAUUUGAACGACGAGUGGAUUGGUUCAUUGCUAUUAGCGGGGCUGCCUGAAAAAUAUGCCCCCAUGAUAAUGGCCAUAGAACAUUCGGGUAUUCAGAUUACAACGGACGCCAUAAAAAGUAAGUUGCUUGAUAUGGAAUCAGGAAACGGAACGAAUGAAGAAUCGAAUGGCGCUUUGGCCAGUGGUUAUAAAGGUUGGCAACAUUCAUCGGCCAGGAAGUCUAUGGUUAGCAAAACUAAUAAUGCAAAUCAUGGCGGCCAUCAUGGAUCGAUAUUGUCAACAAAGCCGAAGAAAGAAAUUAAAUGUUAUCGAUGUAAACAAAUAGGCCACUUCAAAUCGCAAUGUACGGCCGAAAUUUCGAAUAACAAAGGAAAUGAACGUAAACAAACAAACGCGUUCAGUGCGGUCUUUCUAAGCGGAAACUUUAAUAACCAAGACUGGUAUGUCGAUUCGGGAGCGAGUGUGCACUUGACGCCAAAUAAACAAUGGCUUUCGAACAUUUCUUACGAAAAAGAAGGUCAGACGAUUUUGAUAGCCGACAAAACAAAAGUGCCGAUUGCGUGUACCGGAGAUAUACAGAUUUCUACAAUAGUUAAUGAUUGCAGUUUUGAUGUAGACAUAAAAGAUGUGUUUUGUGUACCGAAAUUGACGACCAACUUGCUAUCUGUUAGCCAAUUAAUUAACAAAGGUAAUAAUGUUGUAUUUACUUCAAACUCCUGUGAAAUAUACAAUCAGAAAGGUACAUUAGUUGCUCACGCGUUGUUACAAAAUGGAGUUUACAAGCUUCAACUUCAGGAGAAUAUGUCUGCAGCAGCAAUCAUAUCUGGUGAGCUCUGGCAUCGCAGGUUAGGACAUGUUAAUAGUGAAUGUCUUAAUAAAAUGCAGAAUGCAGUCGAUGGUUUAACUUUGAAGGAGAAAGUUGAUAUCUCAAAGUCUACCUGUUCCGUGUGCUGUGAAGGAAAACAAACGAGAUUACCUUUUAGUCAUACCGCAAAAGGAGUACAGAGGUGUUGAAUAUUAUUCACACAGAUAUUUGUGGACCUAUGGAGUGCGAGUCUAUUGGAGGUUCUAAAUAUUUUAUUUUAUUUGUCGACGAUUACAGUAGAAUGACAGCUAUUUAUUUUCUGAAAAACAAGAAUGAUGCAUUGAAAAGUUUUAAGGAAUAUAAAGUGUUAGUUGAAAAUCAGACAAAUAAAAAGAUAAAAAUUAUAAGAAGCGAUAAUGGAAGAGAGUUCUGCAAUGCUGAGUUUAAUGAUU